AUUUGGUUUGUUAUUUAGUGUCAUAUUUGGUAUCUUAUUUAGUAUCUUAUUUAGUGUAUCAUUUAAAGCCACAUUUGUUGUCUUAUUUGAUGAAAUAUUUUAUGUAUUAUAAUGAUGGCGUAUUUUUGGAUACAUUAUUUGUUGAUUUGCUUCCUCUUUGCCAACUCUUUGUCACCUCUUUGCCACCUCUUUGUCACCUUUUGCCAUCUCUUUACUACAUCUUUGCAACUUCAUAGCCAUCUCUUUACCACCUCUUUACCAUCUCUUUACCACCUCUUUACCACCUCUUUGCCUUAUUUGCCCUCUUUCCACUUUCUUUGUCACCUUUUUGCCACCUCUUUACCACAUCUUUACCCCUUUUGCCCCCUCUUUACCCUUUUUGCCACCUCUUUACCACCUCUUUGCCACCUCUUUGCCACCUUUUUGCAACCUCUUUACCAUCUCUUUUCCACCUCUUUACCAUCUCUUUGCCAUGUCUUUACCACCUCUUUGCCCUCUUUGCGACCUCUUUCCCCUCUUUGCCACCUCUUUAUCACCUUUUUACCAUCUCUUUGCCACCUCUUUACCAUCUAUUUGCCAUGUCUUUACCACCUCUUUGCCCUCUUUGCCACCUCUUUACCAUCUCUUUGCCAUGUCUUUACCACCUCUUUCCCCUCUUUGCCACCUCUUUAUCACCUUUUUACCAUCUCUUUGCCACCUAUUUACCAUCUCUUUGCCUUGUCUUUACCACCUCUUUGCCCUCUUUGCCACCUCUUUACCAUCUCUUUGCCACCUCUUUACCAUCUCUUUGCCAUGUCUUUACCACCUCUUUGCCC